GUGUAGAGCAUUCCAGUGCCCGUGCGUGCGUGCGUGCGCGUGGCAGCGGUCGUGUCGCGGGGCCUGAAAGGAGCUUCCGGUUUCACGGCAAGUGCCGCAGCGGAAUCGGGAGGCUGCCGGACUUGCGGUCAGCCCUUCAGCGCGCGCUCAGUACAGACUUGCAACUUACUGCACACAGACAACCUGUGACACUAUACGCGCGGUACCCUCUGGCUGCAAACGCAGCCCAAGUUGGUGAUGCCAGCCAUCAACAUCAGCGUUCUGCGCGACGCCGCGGAUGUGCCCCUCGCCUACUAGGCACCGCGCUCGCUCAAGCUCGACAUCCUCGCCAUCCAUCCAUUGACGCGACCCCGCGCCAUCGUUGCCUGCUCGGCCACACCUCCAAGACCCCAUCCGACUCCACCAAUGGAGCCGCCCGCAUCCCAAGGCCAGCCAGGUCGCGGCUCGGAGGGCGGCGCGCCGCGGCCGUUGAGCCCGCGCUCCAUCAUGGCCCCGUCCGUGGUCCCGUCGAUGGGGCUGCCGCCGCCGAUGCCGCUGCUGCCGCCGCCGCAAUCCCAACAGCCGCAGCAGUCGCAGCUGACGCUGCCGGCGCACAGCGAGGCGGCCACACAGCAAGACACCCAGCUUGCCAGCAGCGCCGGCGGCUCACAGGGGGCCCCAGCGACGCCCUUCGCCACGGCCACUGGCGGUGGGCUGCAUUUCACGAGCCUCAACGCAAAGCCGCCGCAACAGCAGCAGGCGCAGCAGCAGCAGGUGCCACCGCCCCGGUCGCCGCCCGCCUACCUCAACCCGCCGCCUCUGUUCCAGCAGCCGCGUUCGGCGCACCAGCAAACCGCCGCACCGGCCACGCCAACGGCGUCAGCGACACACCAGCAGCAGCAGUACCAGCAGCAGCAAACGAUGGCGGCGGCGGCGCAGGCAGAGGCCGCGGCCGCUGGCGGCGCUGAUACGCGUUCGCUGGUUGUGACUGUCACCGCGGGUGGUGGUGAGGCCGACGGCGGGCAACAGCCCAUGUCACCUCCUUCUCACCAUUCCCACCAGCACCCCCACCAACCCCACCAACCCCACCAGCACCCUAACCAGCACCCCCACCAGCAGCACCAGCAGCACCAGCAGCACCCGCACCCGCAGUACCACUUCCAGCAGCAGCCGCACGCCGCCGCACCCGCCGGCACCGUCACGCGCCGCUACUCGGAGCCCGUGUGGGGCACGCAGGGCCCGAGCUUUGGCCCAGGCGGCGGCGGCGGCGGCAGUGCCGGCGGUGCUGGUGGCAGCGAGGGCGACGCGUCAGAUCCCGGCUUUGCAUCCUGGCUCAUCCGCUUUGGCGGCAGCGGCGGCGGCGCCGCUCCCAGCGGCGUCGGCGGCCCGGAACCAGUCGGACCCAACAACCUGGACUUUGCCUUUAACAGCGGCCGCCAGACUCCCCAGUUGCCGCCACCGCCGCACCAUCACCAGCACCACCAGCACUACCAGCCGCAACCGCACCCGCAGCAGCAGGCCCAGCCGUACCACCCGCACCAGCAGCACCCGUACGGCGCUGGCGGGUACGGCGGCGGUUACAGCGGUCAGGUGUACGAGCAGCCUGCCGCCACCCGCUACGCCAGCUUGGGCAGUGCAGGACCUGCCGCCGCCAGCGGCGGCGGCGGCGGCGGCAACGGUGGCGCCGCCGCUGGCGUCGCCACUGGCGGCGAUACCGCGAUGGACGUCGAUUCAAUGCUGGUUGGCGGCGGCGGCCCUGCUGGCGGCGGCGGCCCUGGCGGCGGCGGCGGCGGCGGCUGUCAGCAGGCCGAGGACAUGAGCGGUGUGUCGCACCCGCCUCAGGCCCACCAGCAGCGCUACUACGGCACCGCCGCCGCCGGUGCGGGUGCGGGUGGUGGCGGAGGUGACGCCAGCCGCGGCGGCAGUGUCAGCAGCACGGCCGCCGGCGGCGGUGCCGCCGCCGUAGCCGCUGCAGCGGCCGCCGCGGCGGCUGCGCCGCCGCCGCCCGCAAACUGGCUUGCUGAGUCCGCGGCGGGCGUCACACAGCAGCCCCAGACCCAGACCCAGCACCCCUACCAUGACCUGCCCUACCCUCAGCACCCUCAGCAUCCUCAGCACGCGCCCAGCCACGGGGCCCUCCAGCACAAUCAUCACACGCACCAGCCGCACACGCACCCCUUCCACGGCUCCGCGCCGCCCAGCCCCGUACACUUCCUGGCAGUGGGCAGCCCGCCGCCGCCGCCGCCGCCACUCGGCCGCGGCGCCGCCGCCGCUGGCGGCGGCGGCGGUUCUGAGGAUGGUCGCGGCCCGCCAGGCGCGCCCACUACGUUCCGGGGCUUUGCGACGCCUGCUGCUCCUCCGGCUGCUUAUGCGCACAGCUCUGACGGCGGCAGCGGUGACGCCGGCAGCGGCGGAGGCGGCCCGUACCGCGUGUUCAUGCCAUCCAACGGCCAGCAUGCACCCGAGUGCCCCCAUCACCACGCCCAACACCAGCACCAGCAUUACCACCCGCACCCGUACCCGCACCAACACCAGAUGCCACAUCCACCACCACCGCCACACCCGCACUACCAGCCGCCGCCCUACCCCCACGGCGGCGUGUACGAGUACACGCACCACCACCACCACCACCAGCCCCAACAUACGGCACCCCACUACCACCAGCAUCACCAUCAGCACCCACCGCACCAACCGCACCAACCGCAGCACCAGCACCAACAUCAGCACCACCAGCACCACCAGCAGCAGGAGCAGCCCAACGCCCUCGUGCAGUACCAGCCUCUGCAGCAGGGCCGCGCCUCUUACCCCGGCGCCACCAUACGGACCAGUAACGGCGGCGGCGGCGGCGGCGGCGGCGGCGGCGGCGUCAGUGAGUUGGAGCGGCCCGGCAGCCCCAACGGCAGCACCCAGUCAGCUGCCAGCAACCUCGUAGGCGGCGGCGGCGGCGGCGGCAGUGGCGGCAGCGGCGAGCGCCAGCGCCGUCCCCUUGCCGAGCUCCACAGCGAUAUCCACCAACACCAGCCCCAACACCAGCAACACCAACACCAGCAGCACCAACACCAGCAGCAACAGCACAAUCACCAACAGCAGCAUCAACAGCAGCACCAGCACCAGCAGCCGCGUAUCUCGCGUCGCGCCAGCGCGCCCGUGCCGUCGGGCGCCGUGGCGGCGGCGGCGGCGGCGGGCGCCGCCGCCCGGCCGCCGCCGGGCAGCCGUCGCCGGCGGCGCUCCGGCGCGGGUGACUACGACGGCGAUCCCGACUUUGUGCCUGAUCGGGCCCGUGGCGGCGGCGGCGGCGGCGGCGGCGGCGGCGCCGUCAGCGAUGCUGUUGUGUUGUACGGCGGCCCUGGCGCGGGCCGUGCUGGGUACGAGUACGGGUAUGAGGAGGAGUAUGAUGAGGGCGAGGAGGAUUACGAGGAGGAGGAGGAUUAUGAGGAACAGGACGACGUGAAUGAUGAGGAUUACAAUGCGGAGGAGGACGGGUACGUGCCGGCACGCGACGCGGCCGGCGGUGGUGGCGGCAGGGGCGGCGGCGGCCGGCGGCCGCGGCAGCCCAAGGGCGGCGCCGCCCGCGCGGUGCCGCUGCCGCUGCCGCCGCCGCAGACGCGUGUGAAGAAGACGGGUACCUCGGCUUACCGCGGCGUCACCAAGCACCGCUGGACGGGCAAAUGGGAGGCGCACCUGUGGGACUCGUCGGUGGCGAGGAAGAAAACAUCACCGGGAGGCAGGUCGCGCGGCAAGCAGGUGUACCUGGGCGGCUACCUGACGGAGCUGGAUGCGGCGGAGGCGUACGACAUGGCGGCGCUGGUCUACUGGGGCGAGGCGGCCACACUCAACUUCCCCAAGGAGCACUACGACUGCCGGCGUGCCGAGCUGUCCACGCUGGACAAGGACGGCGUGGUGGCGCUGCUGCGCCGCCGCUCCACCGCGGCCGUGGGCGGCAGGGGCGCAUCCGCCUACCGCGGAGUCACCCGACACAACCUGGCGGAGCGGUGGGAGGCGCGCAUCCACCUCGGCGCCAACCAGUACCUGCUGCUGGGUGAGUUCACGGAGGAGACCGCCGCCGCCGCCGCCUACGACUACGCCGCGCUGCGCCGCCGCGGCGUGCACCGCGCCCUCACCAACUUCAACCCAGCCACCUACCUGGACCCGGACGGCACGUUGAUAUCCGUGGACCGGCUGCAGCCGGCGACACGCGAGGGCUUGUCCCUCAACAGCCUGCAGCGCCUGGAUGAGGACCUGCGCCGCCAGGAGGAGCAGCAGCAGCAGCAGCAGCAGCAGGGCAGGAAGGCGGCGGCGGAGGUGGCGGCGAAUGCUGAGGCGGCGAAUGCUGAGGCCGGCCAGAAUGGUGACGGCGAGGGAGGCGGCGUGGGAGGCGCGGAGAGGAUGGAUGCGGCGGCGGACCGUGAUGCGGACCCAGAUGCCGACCCGAAUCCGGAUCCCGAGGAGCCCAAUCACCUGUAUGAGCAGGUGAUGAAGCAGCUGGCGGAGGAGGGCAGGCAGCGUCAGGAGGCAGUGGUGGCGGCGGCGGCCGCUGCAGCGGCGGCCGGGGCGGCGGCGGCGCCGCCCGCCGCCGUACCAGCCGCCGCGCCCGCUGCGGCCUCCGGCCGCAGGGGCGGGGCGGCGGGCGGGCGCAGAGGCCGCGGCGGCGGUAGGAGCGGCGGCGCGGCGGCAGCGUUGCAGCUGCCGGAGACAGCGGUCGCCGACCUAGGCCGCCGCGCGCCGCCGCUGGGCAUGACGAUCAUGACUCGUGCCGUGAGUGCCCCUGGCGAGGUCGUGUGGACAACUGCUGCGGGUGGCGUGGGCGCCGGCGACAAUGGCAGUGGCGGCGGCGGGGGACUUGAGGAGCCGGCCAGUCCGCUGCCGCCGCGCCUGCGCAAGCACCACAAGCAGGACCAGCAGCAGCAGCAGCAGCUGCUGCCAGGUGUGGCGGCGUUUGCGACGCCGGGCCCCGUCCGCCCCGUUGUCACGUCCACGGCCAUCACCUUCACCGGACUCACACCAGACGUGGUCGCGGCAGUCACCAGCGGCGGCAGCGCCGGUGACGGCGGCAGCGCUGGCGGCGGCGCUGGCGGCGGCGCUGGCGGCGGCGACGCUGCAGCGCAUGCGCCGGCAGGCCAGCUGCAGGCGGCAGCGCCGCCGCCGCCGCCGCUGACCCGUCGGGGCACUCGGUCCACACGCUCCGGCUCAGCUGCGUCCGCGUCCGCGGCCGCAUUGGAGCAGCUGCUGCUGCCGCACACGCCGCCGCCCCUGUUCACCGUCACCACCAACAGCGCGGGCAUGAACACCUCUUGCGGCGCCGUGCCCGGCGGCGGCGGCGCCGCCGCCGCCGCCGCCGCCGCCGCCGCCGCCGGUGGCGGCGGCACUGCGGGGCUGCCGGCGGCGCCUGCGAGGCCGUCCUCAGGCAUGGGCCCCGUCGUGACGACUCUGAAUUACCUCGCUCGUGCCACCAGGUCGCCGUCGACGGGCAGCAAUGCCAACGCAGCCGCUCCUGCUGCCGGCGGCCCCGCCAGCGGCCCCGGCGGCCCCGGCGGCCCUGGGAGCCCGAGCCGUGCACGCAGUGUGCAGCUGGCCUCGCUCCCAGCCGCCGCCAGCGCUGCCGCCGCGCCCGCCGCCGCCGCCGCCCCGGGCCCGGUGUUUGGUAUGGCUGCUGCUGACGAUGGCGCGGGCAGCAGUGAGCGCAGCAGCAACCACUUGCUCGCCGCCGGCAACUCCAAUGAGAGCGGCGGUGGUGGCGGUGGCAGUGGCGGCGGUGCUGCCGCAGGCGCGCCGUCGCUCCUGGUUGCCGCGCAGCGGCGUGCCAGCUACGCCGGCGGCGGCCAGACGCCCCAGCCACCCCCACAGCCCCAGCAGCUGCAGCCGCCGCCGCCGCCGCCGCAGCAGCAGCAGCUGCAGGCAUGGGCGUCUGCAGGUGAGCAAGGUGGCGGCGGCGUCAGCGGUGGCGGUGGCGGCGGCAGCGGGGCCGGAGGGGCCGGCGGCAGGUCCAUGGCGGCGAUGACGCCCGAGGCAACCAGUUGGCGCUGGGGUGGCGGCGGCGGUGGUGGCGGUGGUGCCUUUCCGCAGCAGGUGCCGCUGCCGCUCCCCCCGAUGCCCACGCCCGGUGCAGGCACCGGGGCAAGCUCACAGCAGCAGCAGCAGCAGCAGCAGGCCCACAGCGCGGUUGUAGGGGCUGUUGCCGGACAUGGCUACGGCUACAGCCAAUACCAUCACCACCACCACCAACAACAACAACAACAACACCAACAACAGCAGAUGUCGCACAUGCAGCCGCCGCCGCAGCACCCGCUGCUUCAACCUCAGAGCCCUCGAGGGCUGCAGCUGCUGGAUGAGGAGUACCACUUGUCCCUGCUACGGCAGAACCAGCAGCAGCACCAGCAGCAAACGCAGGCUCAGCAGCAGCACCAACACCAGCAGCACCAGCCUGCCGGCAGCUCGGACCACCAGUCGCAGCAGGAACAGCAGAACCAGCAGCAGCAGGAGCUGCAGCAGCUGCAGUGGUGGCCCUCCGGUGCUGUAGACCCCACUCGUGGCAGUGGCGGCGGCGGCAGCGAGCAGCAGACUGUUGUGGCCGUGGGCGUGCAGCAGCACCAGCACCAGCACCAACACCAGCAGUUGCAGCUGCCGCCGAUGCCGCCGCCGCAACAGCAGCUACUCCAGUACCAACACCUGCAGCAACACCAGCAACACCAGCACCAGCACCAGCACCAGCCGUCGGCGCCUCAGCUGCAGCAGCAGGUGUCCUACGCGGCCUCCCAGGGCGCCCCCGGCUCGGGUCUGCUGCUUGGUGAGGGGGCAACGGACACAGACAUAGACAUGACCGAGGCCGGUGCAGGUGCAGGUGCCGGCAGGCCCCGCCUGCACAGCAUGUGAUGAUGGUCGGGCCGCAGAGGCACACCGUGAUGGCACACGCAUGUGGUGGCGGCCCGGGCUGCGGCUUCGCAUGAGAGUCCUUGGGCAUGCAAGCAAGGGACGUUUGGGGCUGGCGGCGCACCCGCCUGCUGGCACGCGUGGUGUGCACUGGCGGGUGCUUGUGGGUCGGGACAGCGUUGGAUGGUUGGGCAGCCGCGGGCUGGCGGCGGGAAGGUAGGCAGCAGGAAUAAGUGACUGGCAUGUUGUUCGCCGCAUGAAUUGCUGGCACACAGGGCUAUACAACUUGCAGGCGGCGGGCUAGCCGUAGGGUGGCAAGGAAGGUAAAGGCAGCAAGGGGUGACAUCGCCGUGACCAUGCACACACCUGCGCUAUCCCGAGCCCGAGCGGGUUUCGUGAUCUUGGUAUGCCUGUUUUCAUGCCUAAUGCGAUUACCUGACCUGCGUUAGGCGUGUCGUUUGUACAUAUCUUUUUGUGCUUUCUGGUUUGCUUUCUGCAAGCGUAGCAGUGAAUAGUCUCUUGACUUAGGAACACAGCCCACCGUGGGAUGUGUUGCAUGAUCCAUGGCACAUUGAGCGUGACAAAAGAGGACGUAGCGCGCCCACAUAAUCUUGCCCACAUACCUCAUGUCACAGUGCACAUGACUUAGUAAUUUUGUUACGUACUUACGGCGCACGCCAAUCGCUUAGGAAACUGGCACCACGGGCGGCGGCAGCGGCAGUUGUGCCAGUGUUUGUGCUGAAGUCCCGACGUGGGUGCACGUGCGGGUGGUGAUGCGCAUGGAACGAACCAGCUAUAGCAGCGUGGCGCUCGCUUGUGUGUGGCUGUGAACUGCUGUGAACAUCUGUGAACAUACGGUAUGCGCAUGUUGGUGGGGGGCGGCAGUGCAGGGUACAAAUGAGGGCUGCGCGUCGUGCGUUGAAGAGGUGGGUAAGCAGGCGCUCCGACUCAAGGGUUGUCCGGGGUUGCAAAAUAGAGUAAUAUUUCUUUAGUCACACCCAUGGAACCGCAAGGAAGGGCGUUGACAUGGAAUGCCAAGGAGGCAAGAUGCGUGCAAAGACCAUUACAGAGGUGCGGGUGUGGUAGUGGUGAUGGGGGGUGGACACGAUCACACGCGUCACCAGGCCACUACGAUAUCAGCGGCUUGCUUUGGGACGGCGAGGAGCAGGUGGCAGUGCCGGUCUGUGCCGGUGGGCUGGGGGUGUGGGCUGCUUUCGGCCGCUGAGCAACCUUAGAUUCUGAUGUUCUUUUGUGUCCUGGCUAUGAUAUUUUUUCUUGUCCUUUCGCGACGUUUUCGAGUCCUGCCUCCCUAAGGCAGCCACCUCCUUGUUGCAGGUAACGCGUGUGCUACUUUUCCUCGACAACUGCCGUGUGCUAUUUGCUCAGCCCAUUUUUGGGGGGGACAAACCAUCCUCCCGUCGCAACUGUGUGGAGGAAGACGGUUGGCGUAGCAACGAUGCAGCAUGGGGCUAGGUGUGGCUGUGGUGGAGGGGGUAUGGAUCUCCAGGAGAAACAACUUGAUCUUCCAUUCGCGCAUCCUUUUUUCUAUUUCCGUUGUGAAUAAGCUGGUGUCACGACUGUGCAGCGGCAGAGGGUCAGCCGCAAAGUACAGAGCACGAGGUGUUUGCGCUGGGGGCACGGUUGUGGGUGGGUAGCUAGCCUCGCUGGGGCGGCCGGGUGGCGCGCUUGCGCGCGUCUCGAAGGUCGGUGGCUCUGUUCCUGGUGGAGAAAUGAAACUGCGAACACACGCGCGCAUGUGCACCGAUUGCGCAUUUCUGGACGCGCAUGUCAAUGUAAGAAGACGUAUAUCGUGUUGUAACGCAACGUAAGU